UAUACACAAAUAUAUGGGGUCUCGUAUAUCAGUACAUCAAAAAAAAAGAGAAAUUCCUCUAGACUUCAAGCUAAUAGUGUGAAGAAUAAUAUAAUUUUACAAAAUAUGAAUGAUGAUAAUCAAAUAAAUAUGACAGAAUCAAAUGACAAUAAUACAACAUCUUCUUCAACUAUCAGUAAAUCAUCAUCCGUUAAUACUAACAAAAAUAAUAAUAAUAACAUAAAUCGAUAUGGUAGAAAAUUUCAUAAUGAAACAAAUUCUACCUAUUGGUUACCCAAUGAUGAUGAAGAAAUGGAUAGACUUGUUAGUACUCAUCUAUAUAUAUAUAUACAAUACAAAAGAAAUAUUCCUAAAGUGGUAAUUCAAAAUAAAAUGAUACCUUUAGAAAAUGGAGCAAAGAUAUUAGAUGUAGGCUGUGGACCUGGUACAUGGAUUAUGGAUGUUGCAACUGAGUUUCCAACGAGUGAAUGUAUUGGUCUUGACAUGUGCGAUGUAUUCCCAACUAAUAUUAGACCUAAAAAUGUAUCUUUUCAAAUUGGAAAUGUCUUAUUAAAUCGUUUACCCUUUGAAGAUAAUACAUUUGAUAUGGUUUAUUUAAGGUUAUUUAUUUUAGCUUUUAGAAGUCAUGAAUGGAUACCUGUAUUAAAAGAAAUUUUACGUGUAUUAAAACCUGGAGGAUGUUUCUUAAGUUUAGAAGCAUGCAUGUUUGAAGAUGGAAAUGACUUUACAAAAUGCUUUAUAAAUAAUUUUAUCAAAACAAUGCUUAAACGAGAACAAGAACCUUUUAUCGCUAACAAAAUGAAAGACUUUAUGAAAUUAGCAGGAUUUGAUGCUGUCAAAUCUAUCAAGAAGAAUGUUUAUUUAGGUCGACCUGAUCAAGUUAAUAGAGAGUUUUUAUGGGAUUUAAGAACACUUGUUAAAAGUAUUCAACCUUUUUUCGCAGAGCAAGCACAAAUUUCAGAUGAAAAAUAUCCUCAAUAUUUAGAUGAUCUUAUAACAAACUGUCAAAAGCAACCAGAGUGUAUAUGGCCAAUGAUAUCAACAUUAGGAAGAAAGCCAUUAUAAACACACACAUACACACGCACACACACACACUCACUCACUCACUCACUCACACAUUAAUAUUAUAUUAUUAUUGUACAAUAUUUAUUUAUAUUCGUUAUAAAGUUUAUACACCAG